UUUCCGGUGUAGUUGAUGUUCCGUCUCCUAUGAUCAGCCGUUAGCUUCCGUUAGCUUGAACUAGCUUCAGUUAGCUUCAGUUAGCUGUGACAGUUCGGCUCUGACCGGCAGCGGAUUCUCUUUCGCUUUUUUCCGAGGUGGAGUUCGUUCAAUGCGUUCAGUCAAGUGUGGGGGGGUGGGGGGGGCUGCUAGCUGUUAGCCUCUGUUAGUCGUGUCCCCGCUGCCAACAGUGCUAACCGUGCUAACCGUGCUAACAGCUUGAACUGCGCUCCAGUCAGUUUGUUGUGAUGAAAACAUCGAGGACGAGACGUUAACAUGUUCACUCGCCUGCGGAGCCAGUAACAGGUCCCAGUGCCAGACUGAUCAGCUGUGGAGGUUCAUAGCGUCAUAUGAUCUGAGGUCAGAGUUGGACCUUCACUCCAGGAAUCCUUACGGCAGAUAUGCUGACCUAGAAUCAGCUGGAGCUGCGAGAUCAGUCAGUGUCAGCAGUGUUAUCCAGAUCAAACGUCAUCAUGUCUGAGAACCAGGCCAACAACAACAACAUCCCUGUAAACAACAACAACAACAUGGGACCCAACAGGAUCCGAAAUCCCAACGUCAACCAGAACCCCCUCAUCAAUGUCCGAGACCGCCUCUUCCACGCCCUCUUCUUCAAGAUGGCGGUCACCUACGCCAGACUCUUCCCUCCCUCCUUCAGAAGAGUCUUUGAGUUCUUCGUCCUGCUUAAGGCACUAUUCGUCCUCUUCAUCCUUGCCUACAUCCACAUCGCCUUCUCUCGCUCGCCCAUCAACUGUCUGGAGGCGGUGAGGGAGCGCUGGCCUCGAGAUGGGAUCCUGCGGGUGGAGAUCCAGAGGAACUCCAGCCGGGCCCCUGUCUUCUUGCAGUUCUACGACUCCAGUGGCCUCCAGGAGGUUCUAGAGGCUGAGGGGGAAGAAGGGGUAGGCCUCAGUCUGGCAGCGCUGCAGGAGGAAGACGACGAGGAAGAGGAGAUGACUCUGGACAUGUUUGACAACAGUUCGGUGCAGUUUGAGCUCGACAUAGAACCUCGUCUGAAGCCAUCUGUGGUUGGAGGAGGAAGAGGAGUAAACGACAGUCAGGACGUAUCGUUCAGUCAGAACACUAAAGUCUGGCCUCAGGAGGAAUACAUCGUGGAAUAUUCUCUGGAGUACGGUUUCCUGCGUCUGUCUCAGAGCACGAGACAGAGACUCAACAUCCCUGUCAUGGUCGUCACGUUGGAUCCCAUGAAGGACGAGUGUUUCGGAGACGGAUUCAGUCGUUUUCUGCUGGAUGAGUUUUUGGGAUACGACGACAUCCUGAUGUCCAGCGUGAAGGCGCUCGCGGAGAACGAGGAGAACAAAGGGUUCCUGAGGAACGUGGUGUCUGGAGAACAUUAUCGUUUCGUCAGCAUGUGGAUGGCAAGGACCUCGUACCUGGCUGCCUUCGUCAUCAUGGUCAUAUUCACUCUGUCCGUGUCUAUGCUGCUCAGAUACUCUCAUCACCAGAUCUUCGUCUUCAUCGUGGAUCUGCUUCAGAUGUUGGAGAUGAACAUGACCAUCGCGUUUCCUGCAGCACCUCUGCUCACGGUCAUCCUGGCCCUCGUCGGUAUGGAGGCCAUCAUGUCGGAAUUCUUCAAUGAUACGACCACGGCCUUCUACAUCAUCCUCAUCGUUUGGUUGGCUGACCAGUAUGAUGCAAUCUGCUGCCACACUAACACCAGCAAACGCCACUGGCUGAGGUUUUUCUAUCUGUACCACUUUGCGUUCUACGCCUACCACUACCGGUUCAACGGACAGUACAGCAGCUUGGCCCUCGUUACGUCCUGGCUCUUCAUCCAGCACUCCAUGAUUUAUUUCUUCCAUCACUACGAGCUUCCUGCGAUUCUUCAGCAGAUCAGGAUCCAGGAGAUGUUACUUCAGAACCAGCAGGCGGCUCAAGCGGCCAAUCAGACGGCGCUGCAAGACAACCUGAACAACAAUGACACCGCCGCUGCAGGACCAGCUCCUGCUGACACAGCCCAGCCCCGCCCCCCCAGUACCCCACAGCCCCCGGCCGACCUCCAGCCCCCCCCCCUCUCCUCUCCAGCAGGUGGUGGGGGCGGGGAAGUGAGGUCAGAGCUAAACUGGGUCGCUCACACAGCUGCCAUCAUCUCCGAAGCUCUGUCCUCCUCCGCCCACAACGUCUCUCUCGAGUCGGUCAGUGCAGUUGCUGCAGCUGGAGGUCACGGGUCGGCUGGAGGUCACGGGUCGGCUGGAGGUCACGGCUCGGCUGCAGAGAUCAGUGUGGUGGCUGAGUUCUGGAUGGGAGGAGUGGCUGAAGGGGGAGGAGGGGGUGAGGAUCCAAACGUCUCAGUAGAAAUUAAAACCAGCGCAGGAGGCGUAGCUGAGCCUCCACCAAGCCAUCCAAUAGGAGGGCUGCAGACAGAGGCGGGGCCCCCUCAGACAGACUGCCCCCCCUCACAGAGUUCAGGUACAGACUGUCGACCUCAUCAGACGUCGUCACUGACCUGAAGGUCGUCGGCCGCCUGACGUCAUCUCCCCUGUCGGACCCUGUGCCUCCGUUUGUCAUGAUUACUGAUUGAUCAUCUGACCUUUUUAAUGUAAACAAAUUCCUGAGUCAUGCUCAGUUUAAUUCUGAAUUCAGACGUGAUUCAGUUACUAUGGAAACAAAACGUGAAGCUGAGACUAGCCGUUUUUAAAAUAUCACCAUGGUGACGGUUUAAGGAGCUCACAUUAAAUUAUCACCAUGGUGACGUAAACAAUCGUUUUGAGUUUGAUUAUUUUCUAGUUUUUCUUCUUUCAGGCGAAACAAUCGAUCAACAACUGAAGUAAUUGAUCGUCUGUGAAUCACAAACAUUUAAUUCAAGUUCCUGUUUGAAGCCGAAACAAAGUUAUCGAGUGGUCGUUAAGUUUCACGUCUUGAGUACGAGCCAAUGGAGCUGAGGGGACAACAUACUUCACCCGAUGACCAGUUAUUGAUCAGUGACUGUGUGUUGAUCAGCUCUGGUUCUGACAGAUUGAGGCACAAACUCUGAACUGUGUUGAUUUUUGUUUCCACCUGCUUUUAUUUAGAAGAAAGACUUUUAGUAGAGGACGUUUGUUUUGAAGGGUGGAUCAGGAGUUCCAGUCAGAAUCGAUGCCUUAUCAAUAAUAUCUGGACUAUGAACAUCUUCUCGAUGUCAGCAGCAGAGCAAGAUGAUGCCGACUGUGUCACACCUCAGGCCCCGCCUCCAGGGAACGAAUCAGUGGCGUGCAUAGCGGUGAAGGACCUCGCUGUCUGUGCUGCGUUCAGGGACUGAAGUCAGGAAACGCUCAACGUCAGUUCGUCAUCUUUGUCACAUCUGGUCUUUAAUAUUCAGCCGUCCUGUGAUUGGCUAUUUCAGACGUUUAAUCACAAACAUGUUAAUUACAGCCCCACCCACUGCUGAAGUCUAACACUGACGUGAGACCGGGUCAGUUGGUUCAGGGGCGGGGCCUAAAGUGUGACAUCAGUGACAGACACUGAGCAGGCGUUCUGCUGGUCGUCAGUCUGAAACCCAUCGUCUGUUUAACCAGUAAAAUUUCACAUCACUUCA